AUGUCUGAGCGUAAAGUUCUUCAGAAGUACUACCCCCCGGAUUUCGAUCCCAAUGAUAUCAGCCGCCGCCGAGGACCCAAACCCACAGGGCCGAGAAUCCAAACCGUCCGACUCAUGGCUCCCUUUUCCAUGAAGUGUUUGAGCUGUGGCGAAUACAUAUACAAAGGACGCAAGUUCAACUCUCGCAAGGAAAUCAGACCAGAUGAGAAAUAUCUCGGCAUCCAGAUCCUCUUCUUCCACAUCAAGUGCACAAGAUGCAGCGCCGAGAUUACCUUUCGCACGGACCCGCGCAAUACAGACUACGCGAUGGUCAAAGGCGCCAUGCGCUCAUUCGAACCCUGGAGGAAUCGAGAACUAGCUGAAGAGUCGGUAGAGGAAAGACUGGACAGGCUGGAGCGAGAGGAAGCUGAAGCGGCGGGCGAGGAAGAGAAGAACGCAAUGGAGGAUCUCGAGGCCAAGAAUGCCGACGCCCGACGCGAAAUGGCUGCGGCCGAUGCCCUUGAUGAAAUUCGACAGCGAAACGCAAGGAUACAUCGAUCCGAAAAAGAAGGGACGGAUUAUGCAGACACUAUAAUUCGUGCUGAGGACUCGGAGCGGGAACGACAGGAUAGAGAAGACGAAGAAGCUGCCAAAAGAGCGUUUGCGGCAGCGGCAAAACGACAGGGCAAUUCUGCCCCGGAUGGUCCUAGCGACUUGGAAGAAACAGCCGCUGAAAGUGCCGAGUUUUCAGCAUCAAGGGAUGGUGACAUCGACACGGAGAAAGCUGCGCCCUCGCUAGAGACUAGCACAGCAUCAUCAUCCAUGCCGCCCCCACCGCCGCCGACAUCUUUCAAGAGAGUGGUGAAGAAAAAGAAGGAUCAUUCUGCGUUGCUUGGUAUAAAAAAGAAGCCCUCUUUGGUGUAA